GAAAAUUCUUAUCAACAACUUAAACCAUAAUGGCCAGAAAGGCAGUAAGAAAAAGUGCCUCGUCCAAAGGACCCGUUUCUGUUGCAGAGCGUUUCAAAGAAUCAGACGGACUAGCAGAUCCACGGUUAAGCAAAGUUGCCGAGACCCAAGCACUGCCAACUCCAAAAGCUGAAGAAAAUCCUGAGCUCUCUUCCAUCAACCCAUUUGGAGAUGAUCCCUACACUCAACCAUUCCCCUUCAACCAUAUCUACGCCACGCAAGAUUUUUUGAACGAGCACUUAGACUACCGUAAAGGUGUCCAGAUCUUGUUGGUCGGGUUUCUCUUGCAACUGACGUACAACUUUAGCUAUGAUCUUGUGUGGGAGUACUUGGAGAGGAUUGCCAUGAACUUCUCAGGAGUGGCGAUUGGCUUGGUUUUCACCCACAAUUUGAAGAUGAAAAAGUACCUUGGAGGAACUGGAGAUAAGCCCACAUUGCCAGAGUUUAACCUUUUAUUCGCAGUCCUCAUCCCCGUAUUGUUCAGCCUCAAAUUCGAGUUCAACUUGAUAGAAAAUUUGACCUAUAACUACUUCACUGUGGAAAACCUUCCUAUCGUAGUGAGAGGAUUCAGUGGACUUGUCUACUACUUUUUGUACAGCGAGAGUGACGACUACGCUGAGUAUACAAAGAAAUUGGUGACAUUCACCAUCUUGAACAUCGCGCUCGAGUAUAUCAAUCAAGGCAGUGAAGAACAUGUUAUCUCCAAAGAAGUCCAGAAACAGGACGUGGACUACGACCUUGUGGAAGUGGAUGAUAAUAAGGUGAUAUCGGGACUCAACAGAAGCUUGUCCAGAACUGAGGUUCAGAUGAUUCUUGUGAUUCUCAUUAACCUCAUUUUCAAUUUGGACACGGACGACAUCAACUUGAUCAUCUUCCAAAAGUUGGUGGUCUCGUUGAUCGUCGGGUUGUUCUUGGCGUACCCAGUCUACUUAUUCAACAAGACUGCCAGUAUUCCUGUUUUUGCCGGUGUGUUCUACUACUUAACCAACUACCAGUUAGAGCCUAUAUUGAAGUCAAACAGCGUCUUAUGGGUGUGGGAAGUGGUGCAACAGGCCCCCAACUUCCAGUUCUUUAGCGUGUGGGCGGUGAUCUUGUUGGUGAACAUUUUCUUUGUGUUCAACGUCAACAUCGAGUUCAACUUGAGAAGAAAGUUGUGGCAUUUUGUGAUUCUUGGAACAAUUUUGCCGGGUUUGGUGGUCAACAGAGAUUUUACGGUUUUGGCCCUUCUUGGCCUGUUAAUUAUCAUGGUGGUAUUGGAAGUCGUGAGAACCAACAAAAUCACCAUAAUUGGUGAGGUUCUCUACAAUAAGCUUUAUCAAUUCCAGGAUUUCAAAGACUUGAAAGGACCGUUCAAUUUGUCCUAUAUUUACUUAUUGGCAGGUAUCACCACUCCUGUUAUUUUGUCGGGAUUCCACGAACAGUCUAGUAUCAAGCAAUACGUUGGGCUAAUUGCAUUGGGGGUCGGCGACUCGUUUGCUUCGAUUGUGGGAAAAGCAGUCGGAACCCACAAGAUCUUUGAUAGUAACAAGACGGUUGAGGGCUCAGCAGCAUUUUUCGUUUCGAUUUUCGCAACCAUCUACGCCGUCAAUUACUACUUGGAGCUUCCAGCGUUGGACUUGGAAGUGGUAUUUGUGGUGACGUUCUUGUCGAGUGUAUUUGAAGGAGUCACUGACCUCAAUGAUAACUUGUUUGUCCCCAUCAUCACCUAUCUUGUAUGGAACUUAUUAGAGAAGUAAUUGGUGGUACUUUUAUAUUCAUAAGUAUAAGUAUCGGUUUGUUUGUAGUCACAAAUAAAAAUCGAAUUUCGUAUUGUUGUCAUAAUCAUCACGAACGGUGGAAGCUUCAACCGGAGGUAAGCCAUGGAUGGGGCCGGAGUCCACCUUGAACGCAUAUACAUAGUCGUCGUCAUCAUCGUAAACAUCAUCGUCGUCGUCAACAAUGGCAUUUUCAUACAUGUUAAAAUCAACCUUAAGGGAAGGCUUGAAAUAUGGCUCCAAAGAGUUGGAUCUGUUUAAGCCAUAUUGAACAUCCGAUUCGGGGGUGGGACCAUCAUUUUUACACAAACUCCGGGUUCUGUGGACAUUGGAGUUUGUUUUGAAGGGAUCGCUUUUGGGAAUGAACGGUAAAGUAAACGACUUGACCGAGGUGCUAUAAGUAUCUAAAUAAUACGGUUCCUUAACUGUGCUCAUAAAAACAGGAGAUGGA